UUUUGACUAGUUGUCACUAAUAUAAUAAAAUCAUCAGGAAAUAAUAAUUUUCACGGUUACUGCAAGCAUUUUAUUAAAGCCCCAUUAUCAAAAGUUGAUUUUGCAUUGUUUUCAAUUGCCUGCGAGUGCAAAAUGAGUGCAACUAGUCAGCCAACGUUCGCGAAUAAAGAUGAGGAAAUUAAGUAUUGGAAGAACCUUGCCCUGGAACAUAAGCGAAUAAUUGAUCGGGCCACAGAGUUAGGGAAUCAAUGCCUGAGGCAACUUGACCUGCAUUUAUCAGAGACAGACAAUAUAGGGAACGAAAAUAGGUGGCUCAGAGAGGAAAACGAAAGACAUUCAGAGAAAGCUAUAGAACGAGAAAGAGCUAUUGCUUCGGCUAUUGCCCACCUAGAAAAAGCUAUUGAGGAGCUAAAAAGAUUCAGGGGGGGCGGCGGUGAUGAAACUGCGGGACCUUCGGUACUUAAGUAGAACCUAAUGAAAAGUUUCAUUCAGCAUUUUGUUCCGCAUUUGUGUUUUGUUCCUUAUAUUUAAAAAAAAAAUAGCAUAGUUGUUUUAUAUGUAUAUUAAUCGUAGUAUGUAGGUUUGUUAUCCAAAUUAAUUACCACUAGACACUAGAAAUAUUCUUAUAUUCAGUUUGUUUUAACGACAGUUAAAUAACAUAGCAACAUAGCAUAACAAAUUUAAAAAACUUUCAUAGAAUGUAGACAAAAUAUGUUAUUCAUUACAAUAAAUUAUACAAAAUCG